AUGUUCUUCGUAUAUAUGAUGAUUAUUGUUAAUUAUGUAACGGGGAACUGUAUAUACAUACAUUAUCAACUAAGGGCAACAGCACCAAAUGACCCAUUGGGAGUCCUUGGGGUUUGUAAUGCUGGUGUGGUGGUCUUGUUGAUAUUGAUAUUUGGUUUCUUUUUGCUUAUUCAAGACUCUCUAACAAAUUUAUCCAACGCAGAGACAUUCCUCGCUCAAUCUACAAGCUUUUCAAGAAAUGUCCAGAGACUUGAAAUUAUCUUACGGAUGUCAGUACAAUAUAUCAAGGGGAUCCACUACUAUAGGAUCUAG